GAAUUCGAUUCCGCAUGUGCCUUAGAUCCCUGGGAAGGACCGUUCCGCACCGUCUUGCAGAAAAGGAAAAGAUCGAAAAUCGGGGAGCUAACAGGAAGUGAAAAGUAUCUCCUUCUGCAAUCGGGGCAAGGCUGGGGGUUGCUUUAGUGCGAUCUGACGCUGGAAAAGAGAGACGGGAGUCCCGAUCGCUUUAAUACCGGAGAGAUCGGCUGAAGAAAGCUCGUUGAACUCGGGUUUCUUUCGGUGUGAUAACUGGAGAUGGAGGAAGCUGUUGAACUGAGACAAAGAAAGAAUGCAAGCUGUACCGAAGUUGAAGAAAAGACUCUCAAAGAAAACAACGAAAAAGGCAAACAAUCUAAAAGAUCCCUAAGAUAUGUCUUAAUCCCACAUUUUACAAAGCUUUUCUUUGGCUGCAUUACAGCAAUCAUAAGUGGAAUGAUGUAUGCCAUAUAUCUUUCAACAUACCAUGAACGCAAAUUCUGGUUUUCUGGUAGGCCGGAACUUGAACGAGAAAUCACAUUUCAGGGUGACAGUGCCAUUUACUAUUCAUUUUAUAAAGAACUGUUAAAAGCCUCCUCUUUUAAAAAAGGCAUUCAUCAGCUUAUUCAUGACAACAGGACCCUGUCACUAAAAACAAUGAACACUGUACGACAGAUGACUUUGUAUCCCGAAUUGAUCGCCAGCAUUUUAUAUCAGGCAUCUGGCAGUGAGGAAGUUAUUGAGCCAGUCUAUUUUUACAUUGGCAUAGUAUUUGGGCUACAGGGCAUUUAUGUGACCGCAUUAUUCGUAACCAGCUGGCUUAUGAGUGGGACUUGGCUAGCAGGGAUGCUGACUGUUGCCUGGUUCAUUAUUAACAGAGCGGACACAACAAGAAUAGAUUAUUCAAUACCUGCUAGGGAGAACUGGGCUCUGCCGUAUUUUGCUUGUCAAGUUGCAGCUCUAACAGGCUAUCUAAAGAAUAAUAUAAACUCAUCAGCUGAAAGAUUUUGCUACUUGCUGGUUAGUGCUUCAACAUACACUUUUAUGAUGAUGUGGGAAUACAGUCAUUAUCUACUAUUUAUCCAAGCGGUCUCUCUUUUCCUGCUCGAUGUCAUAGGGUUCACACAGACAGAGAAGGUGCAUGAAAUAUAUAAAAUCUACCUGUUUUCCCUCUUCUUGGGAUAUGUGUUACAAUUUGAAAAUCCAGCUUUAUUAGUAUCUCCUCUAUUAAGCCUUGCUGCCACAGCCUUGCUGGCAAAAUACCUUCAGAUGAAUAUGAAAAAGGGAACUCUUCUUUCAAGGAUGCUGAAAGUCAUCUAUUUUUAUUUGGUGUUCACAGUCACCGUGACUUUGAAUCUUACAAUGAAGAGAUUUAUUUCCCAUAAAGAAAAUGAGCAUUUAAUUAAAGUUCUUGAAGUAAAAUUGGGAUUAAAUACAAAUAAGAACUUCACAGUUAAUUGGCUGCUUUGUCAAGAAUCACUUCAGACACCAUCCCAAGACUUCUUCCUGCGGCUCACUCAUUCUUCGCUAUUGCCAUUCUACCUUUUGGUGCUAAUUAUUUGCCUUGCUUCUGUGGGUCAGGCUUCUUUUAGGAAAAUGGGCAAUAAACAAGUCAACGAGCCAACCACAAAUGAGAGCGGGGUCAACGAGCCAACCACACAUGAGGGCGGGAUUGGUGAAAGACCAGAAGUAGCCUACCAUAUAUUGCACACAGUUUCCUUGGGGUUGCUUUCUAUGAUGAUGGAAGGAAUGAAAUAUGUAUGGACUCCAUAUGUUUGUAUGAUUGCGGCAUUUGGAGUCUGUUCUCCUGAGCUUUGGACGACUCUUUUCAAGUGGAUCCGACUGAAAACUGUGCAUCCUGUUCUGCUGGGUCUCAUUCUGAGUAUGGCUGUUCCAGGUAUUAUAGGGUUUAGUUUGUGGAAAGAGUUUUUUCCUAGGAUAAUGGCAGAACUCUCAGAGCUCCAAGAAUUUUAUGACCCGGAUACAGUAGGACUCAUGACUUGGAUUAAAAGGCAGGCUCCUAUUGCUGCUGUCUUUGCUGGAAGUCCACAGUUAAUGGGUGCAAUCAGACUGUGCACUGGAUGGAUGGUGACAAAUCUACCCCUGUAUAAUGAAGAUGACCUGCAAAAGAGAAAUGAAAAUAUUUUUCAGAUCUAUUCCAAAAGAUCAGCUGAAGAUAUCUACAAAAUACUCACAACUUACAAAGCUACGUAUCUGGUCAUAGAAGAUUCCAUUUGCAAUGAAGUUGGACCAGUGAGAGGAUGUAGAGUUAAAGACUUAGUGGAUAUUGCCAAUGGUCAUGUUUAUUAUGAAGAAAAUGACAGCUCUGGCUACUCAAAAUAUGGGCGGUUUUGUCAGGAGAUCAAAAUGAACUAUUCUCCAUAUGUUAAUUACUUCACACGAGUAUACUGGAAUAGGUCUUACUUGGUAUAUAAAAUCAAUUCUAUAAUAUCUUUUCAAUCCUGAGAUAUUUGCAUCCUUUGAAGAUGGACUUUGCAUAUUUUUUUAAAAAGCUAAGGUUUCCAACAAACCUUUUUUCUAUUGCAUAUAAAUUGCAGUUGCACACAAAGGAACAUCACUGACUACAUGAAAACUGCAUAGUGUAUCCUGCAUGACUAUUACAGACUGACACAACAAGAGAGAGAUAUGCCCAGAGCUAUAAAGGAUACAACUGUCUUCCAAGAAUUAAAAGACAUCUUUCCAGAUUUUCAUAGCAAUUACUUUUUUUAGUUAUGUUUGUUUAUGUUGGCAAAUACAAAGAAAGGAAUAAGAGAAUUUGCUGGACAUUAUUCUCCAAUUAUAUUCAUAUAUCUGGGUUUGGAAGUGGGGUGGACGGGGAACGUUCCACUAUUUUCAUAGUUUGGAAAUCCCACUAUAUUCCUGGAAUUUGUUACUAUGGAAGAAGUAGGGAGACAAAUGACUGAGAAUAAUAGAAUGAGGAAUAAGGCUGUGCAGACUAAGCUGUUGGCUGAGAGCAACUCUCUUAAUUGGGGCUGUCUUUUUUAUUAUUAUUUUUAGUAGAACAUUAUUAUACUCUUAUGUUUGGUGAAAGGUUUGGUUUAGGUACCCAGUCAAUAAUAGUUUUCUAAAUAAGUUGAAUUAAAUAAAUAUUUCCUUUCAGUUCUGUAAAUCAUAUGGUUUAGGCACUCUUAUGUCCUAUCUAAAAAAGGUAACG